AUGCUUGUAUCACUUCCUCUGAUUUCUUUUGCCCCAGCAGCAGCUAUUUCGCACGGAGAAUUCUGAAGCAACAAUCAACGGUUUUGUGCAGUUUUUUUGUACCUGAGAAGUAGACACGUUCCGUAGGCAGUAUAAACAUGUCGCACACAAUUUUGCUUGUCCAACCCACCAAGAGACCUGAGGGCCGCACAUAUGCUGACUAUGAGUCAGUGAACGAAUGCAUGGAAGGUGUUUGCAAAAUGUAUGAAGAACAUCUGAAGAGGAUGAAUCCAAACAGCCCCUCCAUCACCUAUGACAUUAGCCAGUUGUUUGACUUCAUUGAUGACUUGGCUGAUCUUAGCUGUCUUGUGUACAGAGCUGACACCCAGACAUACCAACCAUACAACAAAGACUGGAUCAAGGAGAAGAUAUACGUCCUGCUGCGACGUCAGGCUCAGCAGGCAGCAAAGUAAAGGCAUUGGUGACAGGUUGUCCUGCUACACACACCUGGAAGGAUUUUACACUGCACUACAUUUCCACAGCAUCUUUAGGAUCUGUGUAUAUGGACAACAUCGUCAGUUUGAUAAGGGGUGGGUUUUCGCAGCAUACUAUUUUUGGGAAAAGGUUGUGGUUUCAAAACCAGUAAAGUAAGACAUUUGGGCUUUAUAUUGAAAUGGGGUUGUACUUGGCAGGAAACAGAUGUUUGUGCAUCAAGAGGAUAGAGGUGAUAGUUGUAAAUAGGAGUGGGCGAUCUGAGAAAUCACACCAUGACUAAUCUGGAACAGUUCCAUGAGAAUUUUAGAGGUGACAUUAUAUGACAUUUACACUUGGUUGAAGCAUAAUCCAUGUCAACAUGGAUCCAUGUCAACAAACCAACAGAUUGAUUGUCUACUAGAUUGUAUCAUGUGUCUAUAUCAAAAGAGACUUUUCCAUGUGGGUAUCCAAAACCUUUCAAAUGUCUGGCAGCAUAACAGACCAGAAGCUAGAAGUAAAGAACUGGACAUAUUGUCAUAUAUUCUAUUCAAAUAGAUGUCAGAAAACUUUGUUGGAUAAAAAUGUUAAAACACUUAAAAAUACACAAUAAAAACUGAGCCUGGAUGUUCUUAACAGUACAUUUCAAAAUUGAGAAGAAAGACUACGGGUUGUGUUUGUGUGUCAUGGUGUGGUUUUUGGGAGGAUUGCCCACUACUAACAGCAAUGAUUAAUUUAUUAAUGGAGAGCGAGAGCGAUCCCUGUUUGGAGAAGAGCUCCACAGCCUAGAUAAUGUGUUUCCAUCGUCAAAUUCUAGUAGUAUGCUUUUUAUCCAGAUGCCAUAUUAGUUAUGUGACAUUUUUAUACUCUUUCUGUUACCAUAGCUUGCAAUCAAAAUGUAAAAUGCUGAUACUGUAAACAUUUAGUUUUGCAUAGCAUCUAAUUUCAACUAUCCCUGUUGUAGUUUUCUUUGAUUUGAACAAAAAUAAACCAUUGUUUUCUGA